UUUGAACUGGUAGGAAUAGCGGGUGGCGCCGUCGGAAGUUCUCCGUAGAGCCCGAAGGAGUGGGCCUGGGGGGUAUGGCUCGUGCAAACAAUGAUUGCAGAUCUUGCCAGUUUUCGGUUUUCAGGGUAGGUCUCGGAAGCGCGCUGAAGCCUGAAUCGGGAUGAUGGAAAAUAGGGGGUAGCGGCUGGUGACUCGUAUAAGUUCUUACACGUAUACCCUCUACACCUUUUUGGUAUUCACCUGCAUCACGGCGAUUAAUGAAGGCCCGAUAGUAGUAAUUGCAGGUCACUCGUUUGAACCUAUUGGGUGUGGGACAAUGAAGUUUGAGGCUCUAAUAGGUGUGGAGAAAGCAUGUACGCCAACCACAUCAUGACAAAUACUGGAUCAGCGAACGAACUACAACUACGAUUGCUUCAGUCGUAAGGAUCAAGAAUACAUUUGUAGUAUUUGUAGCAUGCCUGUGGCACUCUGAAUGCACCCGAAUCCAAAAUGUAGCUCUGAUAGUGUUUGCUGUUAUUGUUUGCUUUCUUGGCCCAUCUACCACCAAAGCUUUUGAAACGCGUACUGUUCUCGAUAAUCAAGAUUCACACGAUAAUCUGGCUGGCCUUUUGGUAGUUGACAUGCUGUGGCUUUGGCCUAUUGAAAUGUAGAGAUUGCAUCGUCAUUGUAUGGGGAUUAGCUUACGUCACUAGUCCGGAAGGAGAAUAUGAACAUCAACCUCAUCUUAGUUUGACCGCCACUUUUCCACCCACGAACCUACUUGAUCAGUAAAUCAAGAUAUGUGAAAUGACACCACACUUUGCGAAAUCCUGAGCGGCGAUGCCUGAUCACAGCUCGUUCCCUUGCCUAUAGCAGGUUUCCACACCGCCAGGGGAUCCUCCCGCUUCCCACAUCUCGGCGCGGCAACGGGUAUCCUCACGAUUCGUCUGAUCCAAUCCUCCAUCAAAGCCUCGUUGCGGCCCGAGUCAGACACCCGUUAUCGGCAGGGAGUGUGGUUAACUUGAUCCCUCCACAUGCCCAACUGCCAAACGCCUUAAGCGUCUCAAAAAGCGGAACGGCAAGAUCCUAUGGCAUCGCGAGUUGAUAACCUUCUCCAUCAAAUGCCUAGGAUAUGUGCUUUCCAAUAGCAUGGAAACGGUCGUCUAUUAGGCCUUCCCGCGCGCACCGUUCGAUCAGCACGCAGGAGCCAACGCAAGCGCGCAUCGUACCCUUGUUCAGACCUGAGAAAGGGUGCUGUCCACCCGUGGGCUAUCCCACCAUGUCGGCCCAUGGCAGCCCGUGCACAACUGGUAAGGGAUUAACGGGUGCCAGGCCCUUAAAUCAAAUAGCUGCUGGGUCCCGACUCUACUUUGGACAGCACAACUUUUGCGUACUCCUCAAUAUACUUUUUGUUCUCUCUCUACAUUUUUGCGCAAUCUGCUCCGUCUGCCAUUGUUAUUCACAGAGCAUUACUACUCUAACAUGGAAUCUUUAUCAAACCUUUCUGCCUUGACCGUCACAGAGACAACGCACGUAACAUCAUCAAGCCCCACCGAGUCCCAGCCAUCAGAGAACGGAACGGCUCACUCCCAGGCCGAACCCACACCAGCCCGUCCCGCAAGAAACAUGGAAGUCCGCAGAGGCGCAAACACCGAAGACAUCCCGCAAAGCGAAGCCAACAACGCCAUCAUAAUCCUAUUCUGCAAACAAAAGGAAAUCUCCUUCCUCGAAUUCAAAAAGCGACUCGAGGAGGACUGGGUGCCGUGCCUAGAGCGUGUCUGCGGUCCCUUGUUCCCGCUCACAUAUAUACGCCGAUACAUUGCGCACAAAGACAACGACAAAAUUCGAGCGCAAGACGGUUCGCUCGGGCUGCCAUCUCUGAUGAUCGGGAGAGAAGAGGAUCUUCUCUUCGAUUGCUUGGUGGAAGCUACGUUUGAGGAUAACUUGCACAUGCUGCAAUGGUUCAACCUCGUCAACGAGGAAGGCCCAGCUGCUGAGCUCAUCGAGUGCGAAGCCACCUUCUCAGAUAUCAACAAGCUCAAGAUAAUCGUCAUGGAAAACCGUGUCACGAUCAACAAGACGCGAAGGCUGAAGUCGUGGGAAUAGAUGAAGCUAUCUAAACAAUUGCACUUGGGUACACGCAGCGGAGCUACAUCUCGGUAGACGCUCUUCAUUCGCUUGAUUUGGGCAUGGUACACGGUGUUAUUGUGCGGUUUUCAGAUGCGCUCUUGAUUGGUUAUUUCCAUGGGGAAGGGGGGUGACGGGUAGGAUGGAUAUAUGGGCAAAAAGAAACAGUCGGGAUGCUGGGCAUCAUUGAAAGUUAUCACCUAUUCAUUAUCAUCAUCAUCAUCAUUAUCAUUCCCAUUGGCAUGCGCACAACACAUGCGCAUCGCACAUUUGAUUAUAGCUGCAUAGCGAAGCAUCACCAAAAAAAAUUCACAUCUUCCACAAUAUACUCCUCCUUGCACUCCCAUUUUUUGGGGUUGGAAUCUUGAAGUCGUUGACAUUGCAGUUAUAUACGCGCGGCUACACCCGUUUCCUUGUACCCCACUCCGCACUGCGCCGCACAUGAACGAUCAUGCACAUAGACACAUAUCUGUGCCGUAGAUUAGAUGUUCCCUCCUCACCCCUGCGCGCGUGCGUUGAACGGUGAAGAAUGCACGCGCGCCUCCCCCACGUUUCCCCACGCAGAUGCCAUAUCAGAACCGUGAAUCAUCGAUCUCCGCGGAAUAAAUUGAUGGAUUGUUUUGGUUGGUAUUUCCUAGUUUGGAUGUCGUUGCGAUGGGUUUCUUCUUUUUCUUAUUCUUUUUUGAAAGUGGGUAAUGUAUGUGGAAGAUGUCAUGUAAUC